AUGAGUUCUGGUUUGGAUAUUCCGAAGUCGGGCCUGUCCCUCCGCCAUGAGGAGCAGUCCGGGCCCAGCUCGGUGAAACCAGCUCAAAUUAUGCGGCUGAACCUGGCCCAGAACACUAUGGAUGAACUGAUUCAAAGUCUGAUCAAUAACCAACCCUCCCGAGUCCGCCUGGGAAAACACCCAUCCAUUCAAUAUGCGGGCAAAUCCCAAUCCUUCCAUGCCUACCCCGAAACCCACCGUUCCGAGAUCUACCACAGUUCGACCGACGGCUCACCCGACGAGCGGAACCUUUACUUCACCGGUAUUUUGAGCCACAGCCUAGAGGUGGAAAAGGCCAAACAAGCUACUGCAGCCACCGACCAAGCUUUAGCCAACCUUGAGGAAAGCUUGAAUGCAUUCGAGCGAGGAAAGGAGUCGAAGAAAACACACCUGCUCCAGCACCCAGAUGAAUUGAGAGCCCUUCGAGAUGCUGGUGGUGGAAGCUCCGCUCGCCGAGCUCCCAAGAGCAAGGCCGAUCUGGAGAGAGACCGAAUCCUUCGAACUGCCGCCAAUCGUUCUUUGACCUCAAGCCCGACUCUUGGUGCCCCCAGGUCCCCUGUCCCCGGCCUCACACCGACCUCCGCCCCAUCCUCGCAGAUCAAAAACAAUGCCCGUCUCGAAGCCCUCAAGACCCCCUUCAUUCACCUUCUCGCCGUUCGAGCAGUGUCAACAAAGUUCCUUGCCCGUCAGACUCGCUCCACCAUUGAGGACUGCGGAGCCCUUGCCCAGAAGUACGGUGCCGAGAACCGAAUCAACCGCGAGAAAUUCGACCUGAAGGAUAAAUCCUACAAGGAUCUUGACGUGUGGAAAUUCCCAUAUCCGAAUCAAGAGGACCGGCAGCAGGCUAUAGAAAAUGCCACUUCUGCAUUCGAUCGAAUGCGGAUUUCUCGCUCGGAUAAGCUUUGGCAGAUGCUUCUUCCUAAGGAGGAGCGAGGCAAGGGAAAGUGUCUAUCACGUCUCAACCUCAGCACUGGUCCGGUCAAGAAGGCGGCUCCUCCGCGAAUUCAAGUGGACGGGGCUGAUGAUCGGGAUGAUGCCUCGGGCAACGAGGUGGAUCGUUCUACUGGGUCUGGCACUUUUAAGGGGCUGGACGGAGCUACUCCUCGAUCGAACACGGCUCAAAAAUCACAGAAGGAGCCUGCUAAACGACCUGUCAAGGGCAAGACUACUGGCACCACCAACAACAACAGUACUUUGACCGGCCGGGUUACCAAGAAGACAGCUAGCAAGGCGCCGGCCAAGGUGGAGAGUAAAUUCAAGUCUGCGGAGUUCGUAAACUCAUCUGACGAUGAUGAUUCCGAUAUGCCUGAUGCCACGCCACCUUCUCCUCCUUCGGCCCCGGCUGCCCGACCGAAGGAAGUGAAAUCGGCUCCACCUAAGAAAGCCCCGGUCCAGAAAAAUCUUCCUCAGAAAGCUCCUGCCCCUGCUAAGCGUCCUGCUGGGGAUACUGCGCCUGCUUCUAAGGCCCCCAAGGCUGAAGCACCAACUCCCAAGUUGGAAUCUUCUCAGGCCAAGACAGUCUCCAAGAAGGCCGCGGCUCGACAGUCCACUUCACCUCAGAAGCCAUCUCCACUCGGGUCAUCUCCUCCAACAAAUGCUUCAGAGGUGUCCAAUGACCGCCGUCGCACCGAUGGCCAUAAUCAGUCUUCCAGCUCGUCAUCGUCCUCUCCUCUGAUCUCCCAACUUUCUCGCACCAACAAAGCCGCGGCAACUGCUCGUGCUACAAAGCCUGCUGGUCAAAACAGUGGUGUCACCAAGUCUACGGCCACUGCCAACCCCCUGAAGCGUAAAGCUGAACCGGUAGGGGCACAUCCUGCACCCACACGCAACACUGGCAAUCUGGAUCACAAGCGGCGACGCGCAGUUAGCGCCUCUAGCGGAGGAAGUACCGGCAGUGCCUCUCCACCAAUGAGCUUUGACAUUGCCCGGCAACGUCUGUCGGAACGGUCGCAGCUGUUCAAGAGGAAUUAUGCCAAGUACAAGAACUUGCAUAAGAACCUCGAGACACAGACCCACCCUUCUCAGGCAGAUCUGGACAAACUUGUGCGCCAACACGAGCAUCUCCAAAAAGAAAAACGGGAGAUCUGGGACGAGGAUCGACGUCUGCGAGAAGGCACUCAUAUGUGA